UAAGAAGUUAAAAUUAAAUACAAAAAAGAAAUAAAAAUAGAGAAGACAAAAAUAUAAAUACUAAAAAAGUAUUAAGACAGUAUGCACAUAGCAAAUGAAGUUAGUUCAACAACAAAUCAAUCAUCGCAUGAUGGUUGUCAAUCAUCUAAAAAUUCUAUGAGUGAUAAUAGCAGUAGUAAUAAUAAUAAUAGUAAUAAUAACAGCAAUACGAAUAGUAAUAAUAAAAAGGUGGAUGAUAGUCCCUAUUUAACACCAGAAAAUUUAGUUGAAAGAACUGUUGAUGCAUUAUUAGCGGAUCAUCCAGGUGAAUUAGUUAAAACCGGAUCACCACAUGUGGUUUGUACAACAUUACCGACACAUUGGAGAUCUAAUAAAACGUUACCGGUAGCAUUUAAAGUUGUGGCAUUAGGUGAAGUUAUGGAUGGUACAAUUGUUACAAUAAUGGCUGGGAAUGAUGAAAAUUUUUGUGGGGAAUUACGUAAUUGUACAGCAGUAAUGAAAAAUCAAGUUGCAAAAUUUAAUGAUUUAAGAUUUGUUGGACGUAGUGGUAGAGGUAAAAGUUUUACAUUAACUAUUGUAAUUUCAACGACACCAAUACAAAUAGCAAUGUACACCAAAGCUAUAAAGGUUACUGUUGAUGGACCAAGAGAGCCUAGAUCAAAAGUUCGACAUCAAGGUUUUCAUCCAUUUGCAUUUGGACCUCAAAGAUUUGGUCCAGAUCCUUUGAUAAGUGGAUUACCAUUUAAAUUACCAGGAUUUGCUCAUCAUCUAGCUGGAGUUCAUAAUCAUUUACAUGGACAUGAUUGGCGUAUGCUAGGUGGUAAUCCGGCAGGUAUAGGAAGGCCACCUGGAUUUCCACAUGCACCCUUUUUUCAUCAUCAACAUCCACCAAUUCCACCUCAUAUAUUAGCAAAUACAUUAGAUCGUCUUGACCGUCCUGGUUUACGAAAUUUUAACGAAAAUCAUCAUUUAGCACAGUUAAGUCAAUUAUCAGUUUGUAAUCCGCACAGUACAACACAAAGCCCAACAAAUUCACCAAUACAUAAUUCUAGUAUAUUAAGUAAUAAUAAUAAUGAUAAUAAUCACAAUAACAACAACAAUAAUAAUACUAAUAACAGUAAUGGUCCCCUAAAUGCAACGAAUUCAACGCAGUCUAUUACAACAAUUUCUCCACCUUUAACUAGCAAUGAAUCAUUAAAUAAUAAUGAUAAUGAUAAUAAUAAUAUUGAUGCAGGUUUUGAAAGUGAUAACAUAUCAGUGACAGGUUCACCUAAAAAAACAAAUUCUUUGCCCGACGACGAUGAUAAAAGAAGUCCAUCACCGCAAAAUUCUACAACAACAAUUAAUACAAGUGGAGGUGCAUUUACUUCUUUAAUUCAACGAAAUACAGCUGCAGCUUUAAGAAAAACUGAAUUUUUUAGUGGUUUUGCAUCACAAUUUCAACAACAUCAACAACAGCAACAAGCAGCUUUUAAUCCAGCUCUUGCUGCACAACUAUUUUUACAAAAUCCAUUGAUUCCACAACCGAGUCAAUGGUUAUAUACACAAUUAUAUGGAAAUUAUUAUGAUUUGCCAUGGUUUAGGAGUAAUACAAAUUCAUCGAAUUUACAAAAUGGAGGUACACCUCCAACACAUUCAUCAUUAAUAUCAAAUGUUCAUAGCACUGUUAGUCCUUCUGUUGAUAAAACAAAUGGAUUGAAAAAUUCUGAUGAAUGUAUUAAUUUGGCAACAAAACGGACUUUAACAACAUUAAUUGGACAUAAUAGUGAUAAAGAAAAUGAUCAUGAGAAUCAAAAUUCACCUCCAGUUAGUUCUAGUCAAAGAUCAUUAAGUCCACCUGAAGAUAUUGAUGAUAAACAAAGUGUUGGAAGUAUUGGUGGUGGCGGUGGUAGUGGUAACAAUAGUAUUGGUGCUAUUCGAUGUCGAACUCCAAAGCACGCUGAUGUUUGGCGGCCAUAUUAGUGCAGAUCGGGAUUUUUCGUUUUAUGUUUUUAUUUAUUCUUUUUUUUUGAAGAAAUUAAGUUGUUUUUUUGUCUUAUUCAUUUCGUUUUAGAUUAGAAAGUUUUGAAAAAUUGUUAUAAAUAAAACUUAUUAUUGUAAGCAAAAUUAACUUCAUAUCCGUAGG